AUGGAGGAAAACCCGCAUCGAGUUUCACGUAGAAACAAUGGGGGGACCCACUGUCAAAACGACGCCGUCGACGAAGACAUCCGUCGCCAACGGCAUUACAACCACCACACUCACGUCGACGAAGUCAAAUGCUCCGGCAAGAGAUGCAGGUCGUGGGCGGCGGCGGCGAUUGCUGACUGUGUUGCGCUUUGCUGCUGUCCGUGUGCGAUCAUUAAUUUUCUUACUCUCACUUUCGUCAGAGUUCCGUGGAUGAUCGGAAGACGAUGUCUCGGCGGCGGCCGGAAUACGAAGAAGAAGAAACUGAGGCAAUUACAAAGGAGGAGACAACGCCGCGGGAAAAUUAACGGUGAAGACGAGUUUGACGAUCAUAAUAACCAUCACCGCCGGUUUGAGACGGCCGAUGGGGAUGAGAAACGCGGCGGUGGCGGAGGAUGCUGUGGCGGCGGAGAUUAUGAUGAUCACCGGUUUGUGGUGGAGAGAGAUGGGAGUUUAACGAAGGAGGAAGAUGAGGAGAAAACGACGUCGUUUAGAGGAGAUGAUGAGUCGAGAAUAAGUGCAAGAGUUGAAGCGGAGAGAGUGUGGUUAGAGUUGUAUCAGAUUGGUCAUCUUGGAUUCGGGAGAGUCUCCUUCACUGGAAUUCAAUGA